AUUUUGGGGAUGAUAAGAAAAAAGACAUCAAUACAAACUUUUUUUAAAAAUCACAUCCCUCCCCCUCCAACCUUCAUCCUUGAUGUUAUAUAAUCUCAGCCCUUUUCUUCUUACAUUCUUGGAAGUGGCUCUCCUCUAGCCUAUGAGAUUGGAGGCUCCAAGAAAUACUCGGGGCAGCAGCUGGGGCUCUCUCGGCUGCCUGAGUCCUUGACUGGCUCAGGGCCACUUCUCUCCGUUACUGUUCCACGAUUUCGCUUGGCUGGGAGGCUUCGGCCUUGCUGGAUGACAUUUCCAUCUGCUCCCCACGUAGCCUGCCCUGCCUGCUACCUCCCUCUUGGCCUUUUAGAGCCAGGGCCGCAGCUUCCGCUCCCGGCUUCAUGACUUGGCCUGGAGUGGCCAUUGCAAUCCUCCGGAGUCAGCCUCCCCAGCUGCUCCCUCAAGGACAGAGCCAUUAUCUCUGCCAGGGAAGUGUGCAGGAGCCCAGAGCCCCCCCAAUCUCCCUCUUCUUCUAUCUACCCCAGGAUUGGUGGCUCUCAGCCCCUCCUCUCAGCCCUCCACCCCCCCCCCCCAGACCCUCCCAAAGCCCUUAUCAGGGAGCAGGGACUGUGCCUCUGCCAGAUCCAAGAUCCCCUCUCCCUUUAGCAGCAGCCACUGAAGCAUCCUUGUGGAAACUGGGAAGCAGAACCCCAAGACCCACAGAUCCUAAAUCUCCGUAUCUUAACCAGGAGUCAACUCCAGGCACCAUGAGAAGCACACUGCUGCUCGUGGCUAUUCUGGUCCUCAGUGUUGGAAGGAGCUGCCAAGCUGUCUGUGAGGAAUCCCAGGAAGAAGGGGCAUUUGGUGGGAGCCACAGCAAGAAGGUCUUAGAUCUCUACCAGCUUCCUCCAUCCCUGCUCCGGAGGUUGUACAACAGCCGGUCUCUCUCUCUGGAUGGCUUGCUGAAGCUGCUGAGCAAGACUAGCGUGGAUCCUAAGGAGUCGAUGGAUUUCCAGAAACGUGACAUGCAUGAUUUCUUUGUGGGGCUUAUGGGGAAAAGGAAUAUACAGUCAGAACCAUCUAUAGAGAUGAAGCAAGAAAACUUCCCUGGUUUUGGUGACCCCAAGUAUUCCACCAAUUCAGAAUGAGAUUUCUCCAAACUGGCUGUUGAAAUGGAAACUGAGAGUUUUGCAACCAAGAAAAUGUGUUGGUUUUGUUUUUGUUUUGUUUUUUUGGUCAGUCUCCCAUAUUGUCCACCUCUAGGGUCUCUAAAUAGCAUUUUGAAGACAUUUUGCUUGCCUCCUCUCAAUCCCUGAGAAAAAUACCCACAAUUCUAUUUCCUCAUCCAUUGCUAUAUCAUUCUCCUGCUUUGAUCCUCCCCCAUACCACCAUACAAACCACUUAGAGAGUAACAUCAAUCCCAUGGGCACUGACUGCAGAUACCAAGCAAUUUUCUUCAGUGAUACAUUAAAAAUAUAAUCUCUAAACUCAUCAUCAAUAAAAGGAUUUUUACACAUGA